CAAAUAACAUGAGGCCAUGAAAGUGAAAAAUAAUUUAAAAAAUCAUACAACAUUCAGUAAAAAUCAUGUCAAAACAAACAUUCUCUUUGUAAAAAAAUGCCUGAUGACAAACUAUAAUUUUUACCAUUAUUGGUUCUUUUCUUUGUGGAAUUUAUACUCUUUUGCUAUUUUUAGUACCAAACAUUACUUUUUAUGAAUUUGGAAUUAGUUUUUUGUGAUACCGCCGAAUUUUAAUUUUUGCCACUAGCAGUUUUAACAACAGUGGCGUAGCUACGAGUACUGGAACGCUGGACGGACUUAUGCACCGUGGGUUCUCGUAGUACCAGCACCCUGACAGCAACCUCUUUUCUGUCUCAUUCUCCACAGCUAGCUAUGAGUCGGUCAGCAGGUCUACGAUCAUAUUUAUAUGGAACAAUUCAAAUUUGGAUCCUGCAUCCCAAUUGCCGUAUUUGUGAAGAACGUCACGGUAUUGAACCGUAUAAGUACGUUCGGCCAUAUCGGCAAAAUGGCGAAAGAGUACAACCCGAAGUAUGAUCCAAACACCGAAGCAUUUCAAAUGCGAGCGCAAUGGAAAAAGGUGGACAUAUGUCGAAAACUGUGGUUCGAAAGAUGGAGCUGGCUGCUGGAGGAGCGCAGAAAAACUUUAGAAGAAUCUGAUGCGAUUCGUGGUGAGUAUGCGAGCGUUCUGCCACAAGCCGUGAAGCGAUUGGAGACAACUAGAUCCUUGAAGCCGGUGCCGGUGACCAGUACGGGUACCAUAGGUUGGCUGUCCUCAAGGCCCGAUUGCCAGCUAGAAAUCUACACGUCCUGGCUCACGAAGAUACCGAUACGACUGCCCGAUGCGUGGGAAAACAUGGAAUAUGUGGGCACAAAAUAGCAUAUCUGGAAACUUAAUAUCGCAAAUAAGAACUAAUUUUACCUGUGGCGUAAAAUUAAGUAAUUAAAUCCCAAGUGAGGUCAACUCGUGACUGCAGGAAGCAGACAUUUUUUGCAUAUAUUUUCGCGAAUUCUCUUGUACUCGGCUCAAGGUGAAUUGAUAAAUUGGUCUAAGUAAUAAAUAAACAUGUUAAUCAUAAUACUUA